AUGGAUUACGAUCUUAGUUUUCGAAGAUUUUCUGAUGCGAACAAUAAUUUAUUUUCUUUUGUACCAACUAAUGGCGAAAGUGAUUCCCAUGCCAAUGUUUUGGUAUCAAGCAAUUCACCUAAGCCCAUUACUUCUAAAGUAUUGACUAACGAUGGAACAAAGACAAAUUAUGUUCAUAAUUUGAAUGAUGAAAAAAGUUUAGAAAGUGAAGACAGUGAAACAGAAAGAGAUGGACAAGACGAAUCAGAUGAUGGUUAUGUCGUAUUCCUAGGGGAAAAAGAAGAAGAUCUGGACGAUCUUGACAAAUUAAUGGAUAUUAUGGAAGCUGAAAUAAAUGGUGUAUAUGUUAAACCAUCAAAAAAAAAUAAGAAAAGUAUAAAACAAAACAAUAAAAAUAAGAACGAAAAAAGUACGGAGUUGAAAAUAAAAAAUAAAUUAACUGUGAAUGUUGGUGAACCAAAUGUUAUAACACCAAAGGUUGUUAACAAUUUAACACCUCUAAUUAAUCCACUCGAAGAAGAGCUAGAAACAAUUAAAACUUUAGAGGAAAUAAGAAAAUCUCCAGCACAAUGCAUUCUAUUAAAUUCUUGUGUUCCCUUAAAAUCGCCAUUAAUACGUAAUAGAAAGAAGUCAAUAUCUCCUGACAGUAAACUUCGAAAAAGAUCACCAUCAAGGUCUCCACUAAGAAGAUUUCCUACUCCUGAUGGAUAUAGAUAUUCACCGUUUAGUUCAAGGGCCUACCGUAGUUCCAUAUCACCUAGAAUAUCACUCAAAAGAUUAUCACCUUUAAAGGAAAACAAUCUUUCUCCGAGGAGAUACUCUCCUCUAAAGUCACGAUGUCUCUAUCGUUCACCAUCUCCAAAGAGAAGUCGCAGAUCUUUAUCAAAAGAUAUUUCGCCAACAAGAAGAGGACUGUCUCCAUUAAAGAGAAGAAGUAAGUCUCUUCUUAAUAUUAAAUCUAAGUCGAGAUCACCUAGUCCAUUAAAGAAAGUAAUUAGAUCAAGAUCUGUAUCUUCUAAUGUUCGCCGUAAAAAUAAUAAAAUAUUAGAUGAUGAAUAUUUGAAGAAAAAGGAAAAAUUCAAACUUGCGAAUAAGCAAAUAGAAUAUAGGUCAAUAGAUCCUGUUUUAAAAGCAAAAAAAACAGUAACUAUACAAAAUAAUGAUCUUGUUAAUCUAAGAACAGAAUUAAAAAGAAAGAGGGCCCUUCGUUUAAAUACGAUUCAAGUAGAAAUUAAGAAAAAACCAAAGUCGUUUUAUCCUGUCCGGUUAUUACAGUCUGCAAUUAGAGGUGUUGUAAAAUCAAGCGGUUCAAAUGAAGUAAAGAGUACUAGUAUGAUUCAAGUAGAAGUUAAGAAAAAACCAAAAUCAUUUUAUCCUGCCCGAUUAUUACAGUCUGCAAUUAGAGAUAUUGUAGGAUUCAGCGGUGCAAAUAAAGUAAAGAGAAAAAAUCAUUCUAAAAUUCCAGAAACAAGUAUUAAAACCGAAGGUCAAGAAGUUUAUGACAACGAAGGAGAAUCUUAUACAAAUGUCAAAAAACCAGAAGCCAAAUUAAAAAACGUUCCCAUGCAUUUCGGAACAAUUGUUAAUAGUGGUAACACAAUUCAAAAAGAAUGUAAGAAGAUCAAAAAUCCAAUUAUAUGGCCGUGAAUUAGGAAUGGGCAAGACUA